CACUGUCACGCACAGACGCACACUCUCGCGCGCUCCUCAGACGGACUCCGUGAUCCUCUCUCCGCGUCCACGGUACCGACAUCUGCUUGUGACACCGGACCCUCUGACCCACCCGCGUCCCCGCAUCUCCACCCGUGGGUUCGGCUUCUCUCCGGGUCUGUACCGCUCUCUUCUCUCCGGGUGUGACCGAUGGAAGCGCGAUGCUUUCCCGCACUCGUGUCGCUGCUCCUCGCCUCGCUCUCCUUUCACUCGGAUGCCCUGUCGUACGGGGACCGACAGUACCUGAACGAGUGGGCCGUGGAGGUACCGGGGGGGCUCUCCGUGGCUCGUGCCCUGGCCAAAGAACUGGACUACGACCUGGUCCGACAGAUUGGGGCCCUGGAUGACCACUACCUUUUCAAACACAGACGACAGCCGAGCAGAUCCAAACGCAGCGCCGUGCACAUCACCAAGAGACUGUCAGAGGAUGACAGGGUGCUGUGGGCGGAGCAGCAGUAUGAGAAGACCAGGAGUAAAAGAGCCGCUCUCAGAUCAGAUGUGGACAAGCUCUUCACUGACCCCAUGUGGAAUCAACAGUGGUACCUGCAGGACACUCGGACCUCUCCCUCUCUUCCGAAGUUGGACCUCCAUGUGAUCCCUGUGUGGCAGAAGGGAAUCACAGGGAAGGGAGUGGUCAUCACGGUGCUGGAUGAUGGACUGGAGUGGAACCACACGGACAUCUACAGCAACUAUGACCCAGCUGCGAGUUACGACUUUAACGAUAACGACCCCGACCCCUUCCCUCGAUACGACGCCACCAACGAGAACAAACAUGGGACGCGUUGUGCCGGAGAGAUCGCCAUGCAGGCCAACAACAACAAGUGUGGAGUGGGUGUGGCCUUCAACGCCAAAGUGGGAGGUAUUCGUAUGCUAGACGGGAUAGUGACCGAUGCCAUAGAGGCCAGCUCCAUUGGGUUUAACCCUGACCAUGUGGACAUCUACAGUGCGAGCUGGGGCCCCAACGAUGACGGCAAAACUGUGGAGGGUCCGGGCAGACUGGCCACUAAGGCUUUUGAGUACGGCAUACAGAAGGGCCGUGGGGGUAAGGGUUCAAUCUUUGUGUGGGCGUCAGGUAACGGUGGUCGCCAGGGGGACAACUGUGACUGUGACGGUUACACAGACAGUAUCUACACCGUGUCUAUCUCCAGCGCGUCUCAGCACGGCCUCUCCCCCUGGUACGCUGAGAAGUGCUCCUCCACUCUGGCAACCGCCUACAGCAGUGGUGACUACACCGACCAGAGGAUCACCAGUGCAGACCUUCAUAACGAGUGUACAGAGACUCACACUGGGACCUCCGCCUCUGCUCCUCUGGCAGCCGGGAUAUUUGCCCUCGCACUCGAACAGAAUCCUGACCUUACCUGGAGGGACCUUCAGCACUUGGUGGUGUGGACGUCAGAGUUCGACCCUCUCGCUGGUAACCCUGGGUGGAAGAGGAACGGGGCAGGGCUGAUGGUGAACAGCAGGUUUGGCUUUGGGCUCCUGAACGCCAAAGCACUGGUGGACCUGGCCCAUCCUGACAGCUGGAGACAGGUGCCUGAGAAGAAGCAGUGCACCGUGAACGAUGACUCUUUCCAGCCCAGGGAGCUGAAGGCGUCUGGAGAGAUCACCAUAGAGAUCCCGACUCACGCCUGUAGGGGGCAGGAGAACGCGGUGCUGUCUCUGGAGCACGUCCAGGUUGAGGCGAGCAUCGAGUACACAAGACGAGGCGACCUGCACAUCACACUCACCUCUCCCUCAGGUACUCCCACGGUGCUGCUCGCUGAGAGGGAGCGUGACACUUCAGCCAGUGGAUUUAGAAACUGGUACUUCAUGUCUGUGCACACCUGGGGAGAAGAUCCAACAGGAACCUGGACCCUCAAGAUCACAGACACAUCUGGUCGGAUGGAGAACAAGGGGCGUAUUCUGAGUUGGAAGCUGAUCCUUCACGGAACAUCAGAGAAACCGGAGCACAUGAAGAAACCUCGAGUCUACACACCAUACAACCCCGUGCAGAACGACAGGAGAGGAGUGGAACGGAUGGAGGAGCCCACCGAGGAGCAGCCUGUCCCCCACACAGAGACUCCCCCCAACGCAGAAAGAGAGCGCUCCUCUGACACCUCCUCCACUGGCCUCUCCUCUGUGGCUCUGCAGCGCCUCCUACAGGCCGCCUUCGGCAGACAGACUCCAGUCCCAGAGGCUUACCUCAAGGGCAAAGUACCAGAGGACAGAGAGCCUCAGGAGGUUGUGCCUCGCGGUUCCUCCAGGAUGUCACUCUCUCCUGGGGCCACUCCCUCCAGGCUCCCCCCCCAGGCCCUGUACCAGGCUCUGGACCUGAUCAACCGGAUCCAGACCCCCCAGGACCCGGUCUACAGCCGCUAUGUGGACCGAUUUUACCAGAACACCUACCGUCACCGCGACGACCGCCUCCUACAGGCGCUGCUCCAGCUCCUCGGAGACGACCGGAUAUGACCUGAUCCGCCCUGCACAAUCCGCCCCACACCAGCUACAGGAGCUAGCACCAGAAGCUAGCACAUGGAGCUAUAAGAGGAACUUAUACUUCCAUGAGCUAGCUACAGAAGCUACAGGAAAGUUAGCUACAUAAGAGUUAGCGUUUACCAAGAGUUAUGAAGAUCUAUGAACAAGGCUGGAUAUUUACUUUUCUCCCACUGAACAAACUAAACAGACACACUCUUUCAUUUGAUUACUUUCAAAUGAAGUCAAAGAGUCAAAAGAAUACAUAUUUUAAUAUUUGAUCAUGCAAUUUAGGCUUCACUUACGACACAGCAAAAAGAAAAUUUCAGUACUUUUGGGAUUAUUUUGACAAUGGUGAUAAUCAGACAGUAUUUUAACAAUCCAUCAGACGUGAGCUAAAAUGUGCCUGCACAUGUCCUGAGGUCCAGGGAUACAGCUGAUUCUUCUUAGAUCAUAUACUUCAUUUUAAUUUUGCAUAUAAAAAACUAAUUUUAAUGCAUUUUGCCCACCUCUUCAUACAAACUCUUUAAUUAUUAUAGAACAUGAGAUAUUGACCAAAACUUACUUGUUCCAACAAGCUGUUUAAUGCAAAAUGGAGUUUUUUUUUUACCUCUAAAAUGUUAUAACAUUGAUCCCUCAUCAAAAACAUGCCUGAAGAGGUUUUAGAUGUCCAUACAUGUUUGAGUAAUCUAACGAUCUCUCCUGGGUCCUGUUAGCAGUAAAAGUUAGCAGUAAAAGUUUUAUAAGGCUCCGCCCACAAUGCUACAUUACCUAGGCUAGCACACGACAAUUCUCCAUAAAUAUACAAAAACAUGAUAUAAAAUUACACAGCAACUUGACAAACCUGAUGUGAUGUGCAGUAGUUUCAUUAGUGAGAUACACACUGAUUGUUUUGUGAUAGUGCUCUGAAAGGGGAGUGACUUAGUGUGGAGAGCAAAAUUAAGUAUAAGCCAGUGAGUAAACAUAUUCAGCCCUGUUCUUAGUGAAAUGAAAGGUGUUGUUGAAUAUAAAGAAGGCGCUGAUUAAACUGUGGAAAACUCAAAAUGCUGCAGAUUUAACUCUUUAUUUGCCAAAUGUAUUUAGUUUUGUUUAUUUAUGUUUGAGUUUAAAAUAUCUCCACUGCCUGCUGUAGCAUGAGCUUAGACAUUAUUAUUACAUUUAAUGAAAUAUAUUUAUUCUCAGACGCUGAUUGUAAAAUAUCUUAUAAUCAUAACUUUUAAAGAUCUAACAGACACAUGAGGUCUCCAGUCUCUUCAGUCUCUAAAUAUGGGAAGAGAAAAAGAAAACAUGUCAUGAUAUUUGACUUAACUAAGAAAAAACAACUUAGCAGAACUGAUAAAUUGCUGAAUAGCCUUAAAUACAAAUAUUUACACUUUAAUUGCUCCAAAAAUUUGAUUACAAUAAUUAUGAAUGUAACAUCAUUGCACAGAGGGGACUGUAUUAUAACAAAUAAUGAAGAUAUCAAGUUUCUCAGGGUGAAGAAGAUUUGCAGUAUUUUUGCAUUUGACAAAAAACAGGUCUAUACCAGGACCAAACCAAGACUAAACCAGGACUAAACCAGGUCUAAACCAGAACUAUAAUAGGUCUAAACUAGGACUACACCAGGUCUAAACCUGUACUGAAUGAGGUCUAAAUGUAGACUAAACAUACAAUAAACCAGGUUUAAAUCAGGUCUAAACCAGGACUAAUCAUAGACUAAACCAAGACUAAACCAGACCUAAACCAGGGGUAAACUAGAACUAAACCCAGUUUUAAAAAUGACCAAACCAGGAUUCAAUAUCGAUGAUACCAGGACUGAACCAGGUCUAUACUCAGAUUAAACUAAACCAAGACUAAACCUGGACUCAACCAGCACUAAAGCAGAACAGAAGUCCUCUUUCUGGACAGGUUCAUUUUCCUGUAGCUCUGCGCAUAUCAUAACAGAUGAGUUCUUGUGCAGUUUAAACAAUUUGAUCUCAUAAUUUUGUAAAGGUCCCUCAGAGUUUACUAAGAUAACACAACCUCAUUGAUCCAGGCGCUGUUUGAUGACAUCACAGUAAAACACUGCCAAAACUUUAAGCCAGUGUGCUAAUGGCUGUACUUUAGUUCUGUCACAUGGACUACAAACAGGUGCAUUCUGGGAUUUCAAGCACAUGUUUCUGUCACAGCCUUACAGUUUGGAAAAGUGAGAUUUCAGAUAUUUUUUGGAUGAUUAAAAUUUGCUGUAGCUGUUUUUGUUGUGUUUGAGGCUUUAGUCCAAAGUUCAAUUCUGUUUGUGUCUUGAAUGUAAAAAGUCAGAUUUAUCCCAAAUAAAUAAAUAGAUAGCAAACUG